UUGGAGAUGAGAAGCCGUGUAAGAUAAGGAGGGAGAGAGAGAGAGAGAGAAAAUAUUCUCUACAGCUAGCUUUCUUUUUGGUGUUUUCCUCUUAGUUUUUAAGCAAGUGAACAAAGCUAUUACCAAAACCAGUCCAAUUUCUUGAUCUGCAGCUCACACCAACCUCUCAAUUCUUCUUAUUUUCUUCAGUUUAAUUUCAUUGGAUUAUUAUGUUUUUUUUUUGCACCAAAUCUUUUGUUCUUUCUUGAUUUUUAGUAGGUAGGAAAAUUUGUCUCUCUGUUGUUUCUUCUUCUUGUUUUUGCUAGCUACCAAUUCAGAACCCGCCAUUUUUAUACUUACAGAAGCUCAAACAUGAUGCAUCAAAACCAUGUCCAUGGCCUUUCUGUUUCCUCCACCGUUAAAGGGUUUGUUCCUCCUCCUCCUCAUCGUCACCAACAAACAGCUACCUCCAACCCUAACCCUAAUCCAAACCCUAAUAAUAAUCCUUCUGCAAAUCCGGCUGCCAACAAGAAGAAGAGAAACCUCCCGGGAACCCCAGAUCCAGAUGCAGAAGUGAUUGCUUUAUCUCCGAAAUCUUUGAUGGCGACGAACAGAUUCAUCUGCGAAAUCUGCAACAAGGGUUUCCAAAGGGACCAGAACUUGCAGCUGCACAGGAGAGGGCACAACCUGCCAUGGAAGCUGAGACAAAGAACGAACAAAGAAGUAGUGAGGAAGAAGGUGUAUAUAUGCCCGGAGAAGAGCUGUGUACACCAUGACCCCUCCAGAGCUCUGGGUGACCUAACGGGAAUUAAGAAACAUUAUAGCAGAAAACAUGGCGAGAAGAAAUGGAAGUGUGAGAAAUGUUCCAAGAAGUACGCUGUUCAGUCCGAUUGGAAAGCUCAUACUAAUAUCUGUGGCACUAGAGAGUAUAGAUGUGACUGUGGCACCAUCUUUUCCAGGAAGGACAGCUUUAUCACACACAGAGCUUUCUGUGAUGCUUUAGCUGAAGAAAGUGCAAGGUUCACUUCAGUUUCAACACUACCAAUAAAUCCAAAUCUAAUUAUCAACAAUCCCAAUAAUGCCCAUGAAGAUCCCCACCACCAAUUCUCCUCAGUUUUCCGGCCAGAGUUGGCCGCCGGAGCCGGCAGCUCAGAGCUCCUAACCAGUUCAAAUGGGCAAAAGCCAAGACUUUCUCUUUGGCUCCAUCAACAAAACGCUUUCUCCGAGCAACUACCUCCAGUUGCGCCGAUGAACGUUUUUGGGUCGUCCCAGUGGGUCGAAAAAUACCCGGAAGGAUCAUUUACAGGAUCCAAUCUCUCCAUGUCGCCAUUGCCAAGAUCAGACCAGAAAGUGAAUCAGCUGGAAGAAGACAACAAGGGAAAUAUUAAUCUGUAUAAUUCGAAUAAUAAUAAUCAUCAUCAGAGCAUCCAGCAAGCUUACAUGUCAGCCACUGCACUUUUACAGAAGGCAGCCCAAAUGGGAUCUACAAGAAGCUGCAACUCAUCACCAUUGAAUAUAACUUCUGGGUUUGGAUUAAUGAGCUCCUCAUCUCUGUCGAAUCCCGGGAACAAGUUCGUCAAGAAUCAUAGUAUAAUAAACGAUCAAAAUCUGAGUGAACUAUUGGCGAGUUCAUUGCCUCAAGCUUCAACUCAGUCAGCCAUUGUUAAAGAAGCAUCGACAUUGUUGGGUACUGCCGGUUUAAACUCACAUCCAUUCGUCAGUACUUCAUCAAUACCCAAGAGCUUGGACAGUCUUUUCAUGGCGGAUCAUAAUAAUCAGAGGCAGAUUAAUUCAGCAGCACAAAAAUACGGGAGUUCCAAUGAAGUUGAUCAAGAGAGUUUAACCAGAGAUUUUCUGGGUGUAGGAGGUGAAUCCAGUAGAUCUCCAUUCUUGCACCAGGAGCUAGCCAGGUUUGCUCCAAUGGGUAAUCCAGCUAUGGAUCAUCACCUGAGUCAGUAGUGGCCAUCAUUAACAAGACGGCAUUCGCAUAAACAAAGGUAAGAUCAUAUAUAUAUAUAUAUAUAAAAGAUCCUCGUUGGCGUAUAAGAGAUUCAUGAAGAUGGCCAUGGUUGCCAGAAUACGUAUAGAUGAAAUAUUCAGGAGAGCAUUAAAUCAAGAAGAGGGAGUGAUUUAUCCGAGUUGAAACGUCUGGGAAGUAAGCAAAGUGAGUCAACUCGGUCAGGAAACACAGAAAAAGAGAUGAGAGAACGAGAGAGAGAGAGAGAGAGAGAGGGAAGUUGUGAGAUUUGUGAAUGGUGGUCAGAAGGGUAGGGGGCCACUGCAUGGUGGAAGAGACUUAACAAAAAGAGCCCAUGAAGAUGAUGGGACCCGCCAUGCAUGUAGUUUGCAGUUUGUAGUUUUUAUUUUAAUUUUUAAAUUUUUUUUUGGGGUUAAAUUUUAAAUUUAUAUAUUUUUUUUUUUAAGAAAAGGGAAAUUAUGGUUAGGCUAAAAGUACGGUGACCACUUGUCACUGCCUUUUUUCCCCCUCACGGCCCACCAUACUCUGACGGCUGUGAUCAAAUGUCUUUCAUAGUGGAUUUGAAUAAAAAGCGGCUUUCGUCCUGUAUA